AAUGAAAAGUGCAUUUCACUCGUUUUGACGCCGGCGUUUUACUUAAAUUAAGGUUUUGAGCGCAUGUUUCCAGAAUAUGAGGCGGCACCCGUGAGAAAUGAGAUCGUAAACAAAACGUCUCGAAGUGCAUAAAUGCAAACAAUGAUAAAAUGCAUUUGUGACGAUGGUGCAAUCGUCCAGCGACGAGCACAUUUGCUAAUCGAUCAUCGCACCACUUCGGCAUGUUUGUAAAUCAUAAAUAAUGCAUCCGUUGCAUUAAUUCGGCGUUGGUAACACUCGCUGAUCGCAGAAGCGCACAUUUAGUCGUCAUUUAAAUUCACGCCAAGAAGUUAUAUUGCACAUAAUAUUGUUAAAAAUGAUUUGUAGACUACGAAAUUGGUUUGGGGUGAGAUUCGGGCACUUAGACAUUGUUUGGCUGAACGUGUUUAUGUUGAGUAUGAUACACGUGGCUGCGUUAUAUGGAUUUUAUUUAAAGUUUCUAAAUGUGAAUAUUUAUACGCGUUUGUUUGCUAUAUUUUACUGCCAUGUGAGUGGAUGCGGUGUAACGGCCGGACGCCAUCGAUAUUUCAGUCAUAGAUCUUUUAAAGGAAAUCGUGCUGUGGAUAUUCUGUUGGCGAUGAUGGCUUGUACCACGUUUGAACAAAGCAUUUACACGUGGUGUAGAGAUCAUCGCCUGCAUCACAAACACAGCGAAACAGAUGCAGAUCCAUACAAUUCAAAUCGAGGUUUUUUCUUCUGUCAUGUUGGAUGGAUUCUUGUUCGUAAGCACAAAGAUGUUAAAGAAAAAGGAAAAUCCAUUGACAUGUCUGACUUACUAGACAAUCCAGUUGUAAUGUUUGAGUAUAAAUAUUGUCUACAAUUGGCUUUAAUUUUCACUGUGCUUAUACCAACACUGGUACCAUGGUACUUUUGGAACGAAUCUUUAGCUGUCACAUUUUUCUAUGGGACGGUGUAUAGAUUCGUCCUGAUUUUACAUAUUACAUGGAGUGUUAACAGUUUUGCACAUUUGUACGGAAUGAGGAAUUAUGACAAACAUAUAAAUCCUGCUGAGAAUACAUACGUGUCCACCAUUUCGAUGGGCGAAGGAUUCCACAACUAUCAUCACACAUUUCCGUGGGAUUACAAAGCGGCCGAACUGAGUAAUGAUUUUCGAAACUUUACAACGUUCUUUAUCGAUAGCUUAGCCUAUUUUGGAAUGGUCACUGAAAGAAAAACGGCGUCCAAACAGUUGAUAGGUAAACGAAUAGAACGCACCGGCGAUCCUGGGUAUAAAUCAAGCACGAGUAUUGUAAAAAACAUUUUCGGAUAUUUAUUGUUCGUUGUUUUGCUUGCAUAGUUUAUAGUUUUGUGCGUAAGUAAAAUUAUGUUUAUUCAUUUGUGAUGAAAUAUGUUCCAGUUCACAGCGUGAAAGCAGUGAAAGUUUUUUUUGUAGAAUCACAUAUCAAAUGACGAUGAUUUUUUUUUGUUCCCAAAUGUAUUUAAUACGUAGAUGAA